AUGACGACGAUUUCCGAUACCAUCAAGACAGACCAUAGGGAGCUCGAGGCGUAUUAUGACAAGAUCAUAAACCCCAAGGACCAGGAUGAACAGGUUCGAUAUCAGAACCAGUUUACCUGGGAGUUGGCUCGCCAUUCCAUUGGCGAGGAGUUGGUCGUUUACCCUGCCCUCGAGAAAUAUGUGAAGGGCGGGAAAGCCCUCGCCGAUAAGGAUCGUGAAGAGCAUCAAGUCGAAGAAGAAGAAGACCUCGUUAAGCUUGAGAGUGCACUACGCGAAGAAGAGAGUAAGAAACUCGCCACUUCGUUUUCGAGAACUAAAACAUUCGUGCCUACCCGUUCUCAUCCAAGCGCACCGGACAAGCCGCCGUUCGAAACUGCGGUAGGACUCCUCACAGCCCCUAUCGAUGAUCUGGCGGAUCUUUUCCGCAAGUUCCCUGACAAGACGGUCAGUCCGAAUCCGUCGACUAAAUGA